ACUGGUGCUCACUCACCCAUCCUACAAAAGGUUGUAGUCGGUUGCCUUCCUUCUUUUGCCACCUGCCAAGUCCUGCUGCAACUUCCAUCUCGAAAUUGUGGCCACCGGCACCCACCUGUCUUCUCCCUGACCACAGUGGCCAUUACCUGCAAGAAUCUCGAUUUUAUUGUCUCAAUACUAAUUUAUUGUCCAAUGUGACUGUCAUCGUUGGUAGUGAGAGUUUCUUGGAAACCUCUCAUGCCCUGCUGGCCUGACCCUGAAUGUGUUAGCUUUCAUAGUCGCCUGCACUGCAUUGCACUUGAAAAAUGGAGAAUCCAGAGCAAACUUUUUUAAUGCAAAUGGGCCUGACAAGGGAUGCAGUGACCUGCUCCAACCCUAGCCUGCCUGUUCUCAAGGAAUUAGCUGCAGAUUUUUUGAAUGCAAAGUUCCCUGACCACGGAUUCACCAUUCCUGCGGAUAGAGUUCUCCUUUUCCUGCACGACUACAACUCGCCAAAUAUUUUACAAAGAAUCGGACCCUCGACAGAGGUUGUCGAAGGCUCUCUCAUCGAAGUAGUCGUCUCAGGACAACAACCAAAGGACGAAGCGACUGUGUGUCCUCACGCCCUGGCCGUGCACUCGUACAAGACGCCCACCUUCUGUGAUUUCUGCGGCGAAAUGCUGUUUGGUCUGGUGAGACAGGGCGUCAAGUGCGAGGGCUGCGGACUCAACUACCACAAACGAUGCGUGGUCAAGGUUCCAAACAACUGCAUCAACAACAUGGAACGCAGGAAAUCCGCAUCGCACCCCAUGGGAACAAGUCCCUCGGGCUCGCAGACCUCCCUUAUUUCCGACGACAGCAGCAACAACCUGUUGUCUGUGCCUGUGACCUCGCCACCAAAGGCCCGUUCUCCUUCCCUGGGAGGCCGUGUGGCCAUCAAGAUUCCACACACAUUUGCAUUGCAUACUUACGCGCUACCAACAGUGUGUCGUGUUUGCAAAAAGCUGCUGAAAGGCAUUUUCAAACAAGGGUUGCAGUGCAAGGAUUGUCAUUACAACGCCCACAAGAAAUGCGUCGACCUGGUACCAAAAGACUGCACUGGCGAAGAGAGCGUCCGAGAGCUGAAUGAGACCAUGGCGGAAAAGGAGAACAGAAACGACGAAGAGAGCGACGGAGGCGAAUCUCCGACAGGAAACCGAAGAUCACAAGGCUCGCCAGGACCUAGUCAGUGUUCAAACGGCAAUUAUUAUGAUAUUAUGCCGCCCGUAAACAGCCCAAACGACCUUGUUAAAAACCGACCCAUGAGCUCCACGCCCAGCAAUAACAUACCUCUUAUGAGAAUAGUCCAGUCUGUCAAACACACAAAGAAGAGAGGAGGAUCCAAAGUCGUCAAAGAGGGAUGGAUGGUGCACUUCACAAACAAAGAUAAAAACCGUAAACGGCAUUACUGGCGUCUGGACACGAAAACUAUCACGUUAUUUCAAAACGACACUGGCAGCAAGUAUUACAAAGAAAUUCCUCUUCCCGAGAUUUUAGCCAUCGAGACUGCGAAAACGAUGCAUGGAGAAUUCAUGCACUGCUUUGAGCUGCGCACAGCAAACGUGGAUUACUUUGUUGGAGAAGACCUGCUUUUCAAUGCUCCCGGCACGACAAUGCCUCCAGCAGACAGUGGAAUCGGCGCGCACCUGGCCAAAAGCUGGGAGACGACCAUCAGACAGGCGUUGAUGCCAGUCACUUCGCAAGCGAGCAAUCGUAAUUCAAGUGAAAGCAGCAGCGGCAGUGAAAAGGAGGAGAACAUAAUGGAUAUUCACCAAAUUUACCAGAUCUUCCCUGACGAAGUGCUGGGCUCAGGACAAUUCGGCAUUGUCUAUGGUGGCGUUUACCGCAAGACAAACAGGCCUGUUGCUAUCAAAGUGAUAGACAAGCUGCGAUUCCCCACCAAGCAAGAGGCUGAACUGAAAAACGAGGUGGAAAUUCUACAGGAUAUAGCUCACCUGGGCAUCGUCAAUUUGGAAAGAACGUUCGAGUGUCCCGAAAGGAUCUUUGUCGUCAUGGAGAAAUUGCGGGGCGACAUGCUGGAAAUGAUUUUAUCCAGCGAGAAAGGCCGUCUCUCUGAGCGUAUUACCAAAUUUCUCAUCACACAGAUCUUGGUUGCCCUGAAACACCUGCACAGCAAAAAUGUCGUUCACUGCGACCUGAAGCCGGAAAAUGUGUUGUUGUCCACAAAUGUGGAUUUUCCUCAAGUGAAGCUGUGUGAUUUUGGCUAUGCUAAAAUCAUAGGGGAAAAAUCGUUCAGGAAGUCUGUAGUAGGCACGCCAGCGUAUCUAGCUCCUGAGGUGUUGAGGAACAAAUGCUACAACCGGUCACUCGACAUGUGGAGUGUUGGUGUUAUUGUCUACGUCAGCCUCAGCGGCACGUUCCCCUUCAAUGAGGACGAGGACAUCAACGAUCAAAUCCAGAAUGCAGCUUUUAUGUACCCUCCUAAUCCCUGGAAGGAAAUUUCAUCUGAUGCUAUCGAUCUGAUCAACAACCUAUUGCAAGUAAAACAACGAAAGAGACUGACAGUGGACAAAUCACUUUCCCACAUUUGGCUGCAGGACUACCAGACCUGGUGUGACCUGCGGAAGUUGGAGGGUCAGCUGGGCACGCGAUACUUGACCCACGAAAGCGAUGAUGCGCGCUGGGAAUGCUAUCGACAAGACGUGGCCAGCAGAGAGGUUCUCUGACAUUCAUCGUGGGGUUGGUUGCGCUGGGUCAAGGGUGGUAGACCCGUGACGAAGAACCAUGCCAGCUUGCAGCUGUCGUCUUACAUCAAGCAGUAAGAUUCAAGUGCCUUCUCAGCUUGAAAUCUGUCUUGAUUCUACUGCAUUUAUAUUUUCCAAUUUUAAUGCCCUGCUGCCUACCUGCUGCGGUUAAUCGGACAUGCAAGUUGGAUAUUUACAAAACGACUCAUUUCUCAACUGGCCAAUCUUUACAAUUGAAACUGCUCAAUGAAACUUUUACUUAAAUAUGUGAAUUCUUGAAAAUGAGAUAAGCACUAAAAUUUAAUCGGUUUUAGUUGUGAUAAGCUUGCAUGGUAAUGGGUUUUUACUCAUUAGUUUUAUUCAAAAAAGUUGCAAAGCUAAAUUUUCAAUAUUUGUUCACUGGCUAAACUCAGGUUUUUAUUAAUGAAAAUAAUGUUCUAAAUUGUAUGUGAUUGGUUCUAUUAAAUUGAGACUAGUCUAGAGGGAUUUUUUUUUUAAAAAAAAUAUAUUUUUUCUUUUAUAAUAUCUAGAUCAAAAAUGGCUUUAACUUUGAUAGUUUGAUGUCGGAUUAACAAAAAAAAAAAAAAAAACUUGCUGUGGCCAAUCAACAAAUUUUGGAAAAGUGGCUAAAUUAGUCUUUCCGCUGCGUAAAUUACGUUAUUGCUUGAAGGUUAAUUAUUUCACUAGUAUUUAAGUUUUAUGGAUAUUUAUGAUAGUUGAAAUGAAGUUAUAUUAUUGAUGUUAUGAAGUAAGCAAAUAUUAAGCAAAUAAUUAUACAAUUAAUUUCAUUCCGGCAUUCUUACUGCCUACUUGUUAGAAAUGUCGUGUAUAGGGUAGACAGGCCUCUAAGGAUGAUUAAAUAGUCCUACCUAUGAGCACUCAAUAUUAAACUUGCAAUGUAUAGUGAAGAACGUAAUCCAAUGAAUUAACACGGUUUCUUAUACAUAAGGUUAUACAUGUAGUUUUGAGAACUGUUAAGCAUGGGUGCAGCUACGUUGUCAACGAAUUUUAAAGUGUAUGCGCUACUCAAAUACUAUUAUAAAAUUGAUUCGUCUCUGUGGUAUUUUAACUGUGACGUGGGUGUUCCGUUAAAGCAUUUCUUUUGAUGAUUGCCGUGCCUUUGUUUAUGCAGGUUGAUCAUCACGACAUGUAUUUCGCUAAGCACACACUAAGUGAGUCUUCCAAGAUCUUUUCUGCGGCCUAAUCCUUCAGCUCAGUUCAGUCUGUGUGCAAAUACUCAUUACGCAUUUUUGGAAUUGGUUCGCACAUGCAAUGUGACAAAUUAUAUAAACUGUAAUAAAAAUAAUAUCGUAAUUGUUGAUAUUCUUACGAAA